GAAAAGAAAAUCAUAAGAAAAUUUGAUUUCAUAAUUAUACCUUGUCUUUCACUUGCUUACUUAUUUUCAAAUUUGGAUAAAUCAAAUAUUGGUAACGCAGCAGCAGCAGGUAUGAAUGAAGAUUUGAAAUUGGUUGGUAAUCAAUAUGGUAAUGUCGUUAGUUUAUUAUUCGUUACCUAUGUUAUUUUUGAAACUCCAAUUGCCAUCAGUUUGAAAUAUGUGGGUGCUAAGUUUGCCUUAUCAUUCAUGUGCUUGUUCUUUGGUAUU